AAGUCAAAGACGAUCGACGUCGCAAGAACAUUGAGCGGAUGAAAGAGAUAGUCAAAGGAGCGUCGUGCAGACUCUCUACUGACGACAGGCGCAAGCACGGCGAUCGGGAGACCCACAGACAGGACAGUACCACGUCUCCCGCCAAAAUGCUGCAGCUGGUAACAGACCCCGAACUGCUGGCCGACGAUGCGGUGAGUGUGGGAGUGGGCGUAGGGGAG